AUGACUAAUCGAUAUUCCCAUUAUGUUAUGCAAACAGAUUCAAUCAUCUACCUAAGACAAGAAGCUAACCAAAGCAUAUUUGCUUCUAAAUCACACGUAUAUCUAACGCGGAGUAUUCGAGUCAUAGCAAUGUUAUUUUACAACAAUGAAGAUAUAAUUUUUAUUAUCGAUCCAAGUUAUAAAGAUAUCGCAAGUUUUCGGAAAGACUACGAUUAUGACCUGGUAGGCAAUCCUAUUACUUUACGUGGUUCAUUCCUUCUAAAUCCGAUUGGUUACCUGCACAACAUCAUUCAGCAAUAUGUAUUAGAGUUAAUAUCUGUUAGUUUAGUAUUAUUUGGGUUUUUUUUCGUGACUAUGUUUUUACUACAUAUAAUUAAAAAACUAGUUAAAUACAUCAGGUUAAUCAAACUACUUUUAAAAGAAUUUAGUAACGUGAAAAGUCAAUUUAAAAAAAUCAAUGAGGAUAAUUUACCUAUGAACUAUGAUAUUUAUGCUAAAGCCAUAUUCACAGCACUCAUAAGUUAUUAUGAAUUAUUUAAAGGAGAAACAAAUAUAAUAAUACCUGAAGACUUAGUCGAAUAUGAAAUCAUACGUUUUGUACUAGAAGCUGCAUGGAGAAAUAGUAUAAGUAGUAGACAGUUACAUAAUGUAGAUUUAAAUCAAUCAAUUGAAGAUGAACCUAUUGAAGGACUGAAAGCAGAUAAGAAAAAUGUAUUCUGUAAUGAUGAAUGGGUAGGAAUAAGACAAUCGGACUUUAACAAUAUAUCAACUGGAAAUGUCGAGUUAAUGAAAAGCAAAGGUAACGAAGAACUGUCGAACGAUUCAACCCUGCAAUCAUCUUUUGGAAAUGAACAACAAAUGCUUAUUGGUAACGACAGCCUGAACAAUGAAGGUAAAACAGCUUCAGAUUAUGCAAACACAAUGAAACCAGAGUUCGAUUAUUCUGAAUAUGGAAAUAAAAAUAAUAUUGAAAUGAACACCUCUUGUUCUAAAAAUAUAGAAUGCCUGAGUCAUCCUAAAAAUUUUAAAAAUACCUCUGACUUUUCGUCUACAUCCACUGUAAAUGAUGGUCUUUGGACGAGUAAUAAUGACAUGUUCUAUGAAGCUAUUUCGAACUGGUUCUCGGUGUAUUCCCCAUUAUCAUCUGAUCAUAGCGAUAUGGACGAACCUGGAAAGUAGCUAUACCAUGUUGGUUUCUGAAAUCGAAUCAUUGGAUAGAAGUUAAGAGUGUUUCGUUUAAAUGUUCAGCUUGAAAUAAUAAUAAUAUUUUUCAAAUUUCUAAUCUUUUUUUCGAAGCAAAUUAAUAACUAUGAUAAAUACUCCUAAAUUGAUGUUGUCGUAAUUGCCAGGUUGUUAAGCAAACUCAGAAAUGGUUAUGAUGGUAUGUUAGCUUUCUGUCGAAUUGAAC